AAGAGUAUUGUACCUCCAUGCUGCCUCUCUCUCUGGUGCUGGGAACCACAAUGGCCAGGCUCGUAUGAGGGAGCUGCCCCUGUCACUACAGCACCCUCAGCAGCAGCAGCGGCAGCAGCGGCGGAGGCGACGGCGUCACCGAAACACUGACACCGAGGCGCAAGCGGAGGAAUAUGACACACAUCUGAGAAAAGAAAGGUCAAUGUGGCUACUAAAGCAACUCUCUGGGGUAGUUGUCAGUCGUAGUGGAUUCCUGAGCCUCGUCUCUAUAGCAACCCAUUCCUCCUCCUGAGUACUGCUGCCAACUUACCCUCUCUGCCACACGACGAAUCUCUCCUCAUCCCCCUGGCCAAUCGCCGGCUCUGAACUGCGUUGGAAUGGACACCGAGUCGACCCACUCAGGCUACUCCUAUCACUCCAGCCGCUCGGGCAGAUCAAACCGACAUGGGGAUCGAAGUCGUGAGCGGCACAAGGCCAGCAGCAGCAAAGACAGCAGUCGCUCUGAGAGGUCCGUGGUCAUUAACCCCCCUGACACGCCCUCCCAGGACUCCCCCGUUCACAAUGGAGAGCCGCUGCCAGGCGAGCCCACGCCAGCAGCGGAUCAGGGAGAUGAGGCCCAGGAUGAUAACUGGGGGGAAACCACCACCGCGGUGACGGGCACCUCAGAGCUGAGUAUCUCUCAGGAGGAAGUUGUUGGACUGGGGAAAGGAAUGCAGGACCGGACCCAAGGCUUCCGCCGUUAUCUUCCCCUGGCUGUGGGCUCAUGUGUGGGGCUGCUGGUGCUGGCCACGCCCCUGGCCUUCCUGCUUCUUCCAGCCGUAAUGUGGCCAGACAGGCUGCAGGCUUGUGGUGCAGCCUGCGAGGGCCUCUUCCUCUCCAUCGCCUUCAAACUCCUCAUCCUCUUGUUGGCCAUGUGGGCCUUGUUUCUUAAGCCAGGCCGUGCGAGCCUGCCCAGAGUGUGUGUGUACCGUGCCUUCCUCACCACACUUACACUCCUGCUCACCAUGUCUUAUUGGCUCUUCUAUGGGGUCCGGAUCCUCGAUGCACAGGACGAGGAUUACCAUGGGAUCGUCCAGUUUGCUGUGUCCCUCGUGGACUCCCAGCUGUUUGUCCACUACCUGGCCGUGGUGCUGCUGCAGCUCCGCCACCUCCAGCCCUGCUACAGCGUGUGUGUCAUCCGCUCCACAGACGGAGAGACACGUCACUACAACAUAGGACAGCUUAGCAUUCAGAAGGCCGCUCUGUCCAUUCUCGAGUAUUACUACAGAGAUUUCCCGCUCCAUAACCCAGCCCUUCUCUCUGCCUCUAAGCACCGAGCUGCCAAACACCUGGCUGGGUUAAAGGUCUACAACGUGGACGCCCCUGGGAACACAGCAGGAGCGCAGCCUGGUAAUGGGAAUCAGUCACGGGCCAUGGUUGCAGCUGCCGGUAAACGCAAAGACAGCGCCCACAAUGAGCUUUACUACGAAGAGGCCGACUAUGAGAGGAGGGUCCGGAAACGUAGAGCCAGGCUGGUGGUGGCUGUGGAGGAGGCCUUCACACACGUCCGGCGAAUGAAGAAAGAGGAUGAGCGCGCAGCACCGUCUGACAUCAUGGAUGUGCGUGAAGCAGCUCUGGCCAUUUUUCCCUCAAUGGCCCGGGCCCUGCAGAAGUACCUCCGCACCACCAGGAGGCAGCACUGCCACAGCAUGGAGAGCAUCCAGAAGCACCUGGCUUUUUGCCUCGUCAAUAACAUGAGCCCUAAGGCCUUCCUUGAGGCCUAUCUGGCCCCUGGUCCGACCCUGCAGUACGGCCCCGAGCGCUGGAUGGCCGACCAGUGGACUUUGGUCAGCGAGGCUUCCGUCACCAGCGGCAUAAAGGAGGGCUCAGAGUUCCUGCUGAGGUGUCUUGACUUUAGCUUAGCUGUGACCAUCAAGGCCAUCCCAUACAUCCGACUGACUGAGGAGUACAUCGACCCCAAGUCUCACAAGUUUCUACUGCUGCUCCAAUCAGAAACCUCAGUUUAACACAGCGGACUGAUGCCGCUGACUCUGGACUCACAGGACUGUUAUCUGACUGAAUUUUUUCAACAACAAAAAAAACUUUUUGUACUGUUUUUUGUACUUCUGUUUAUCUAAUGUCCUGACAUAGAGUAUCUUUGUGUCCUCUUCUUUGUCCUGAGGGAAUAUGCUUGGAUUUCUCUGUCCUGACGUCUGCAGAACACGGUUCAGGUAUUCCUCUAUGCACAACAGAUGACCCCUCACACAUUCUCUCCUUCCUUUUGCAUGUGCCGGUGUGUGCCUGCGUGGGAGAGUUCAUGAUUAUAGGAGGAGUGUGUGUGAUUUAGGAUGAAAAGGCAUGUGUGUUGUGAGUGUUGUGUACACUCGGGAUCUGUCUCGACCUGUCUCUUCUUUCUCCUUAGCGUUACUAUAGUAACCAGGACAUUUGAUAGAACCUGAACCCCUGCUCUUUUUCAGUCUUCGAUUAUUUAACUGUCCCGUGUUACAGAUGUAUGUACAGUAUUUAUGUGUGAAUAUACUUUAUCCCUCCAGACUUUUUAUAUCAAAAUUGUGCAUUGCUUGUAUGAUUUUUUUUACCUUGUCAAAGAUUUUUUUUUUUACCUUGUCAGUCUGCGCUGUAUUUGUAGAGAUGACUGGACUGUAAAUAGAUGACGAUAUGUUUGCAAAUGUCAAAUCACUGGAAUUUCCUGGACUGAAUGCCAGCUACAGUACAGCUGAAUAUAGAUGGUCUAGCCAAUAGAUUGUGAACGAACACAUGUGACUACUUAUUAUGUAUGUACAGUUAAGUGUGUGCAGUGUACACUGAUUUUUUUUGUAGGCUAGCAGAGAGAUUAAAUGUUCGGACGGCUAUGAGGUUCAUGUGGUUGACCUUUUAAAUCUCGUGUCAACUUUGUGCCCCUGAUUUUCAACUUAACUCUUCAUGUGGAGGGUGCAGUUUUGCAGCAUUUGUCUGCGUAAUGUGUUGUCUCCUGGACCAUCAGGUGACACAAAACCUAAAGGAAUAUUAAUUCAGCAACUUCAAAGAUUUCACUCAAAUUUCUAGUCACUUAUCUCAUGUUUGCAACUAUUUAAACAAGUGUAGAAGUUAAAUAAUUUAGUGUUAAUUAGCUCAACCCAGUGUCAGUAUUUCUGCUGUCAGUAUUUUGUCUCAGUGUCACUCUACUGCCACCUAUCUGCAGCUACUGGAACAGCAACACUGCCUUGAGCUUCACUCAAACUGUUGAUUUGUAUGAAUAUUUGAUCUGUGCUUUUACAACCUUUUGUAUUUAUGAAACCUGUCAUGUUGUAAAUUUAUAUUUACACGAGUGUUACUGUGGUCACUGACAGUGUAGUUUGUUUAGGCUUUUAGAGUGCUGAUGGUUGUACAUAGCUCUUGACUACACAUGUGCCUCAGUUAUACAUUCUUGGGAUGUGUUCAGCAUACAUGUGUAGUGUUUUUUUUAAGUGUGUGCGAGUGUGUGUGUGGAUGUGUGUGAGAGAGAGUGAAGAAAGGAGACAGAAAGGGAACUUAAUGAAGAAAAGAGAUUGCUUUCCCAAAUGCUUUGUCCCGAUUUUCUUUUAUACAACAGAACACGUAAAACCACAGCAGCUGUGUCAAAGUCACAUUUGUAAAAAAAAUAAUAAAUAUUUGUAUCGACCUUUUCAACUCAUUUGAUUGUUGUAUUUUUAUGCAGCAAUAAUUGAUAAGUGGGACACCUUGUAUCCUUUAUUAAAGGGACAGUUCACCCCAAAAUCAAGAAAGCCUCCUCUUAGUGCUAAAAAACCUCUCCUGUUGUUUAAAAUCAUGUUUUUAUUUCACUGUGUGCAGAAGGAGACAAGAAGAGAGCAAUGAGUUACAAAAGAAAAGAGGACACAGCAAAGCAAAGUGAAACUACAGGAAUGCAAGAGAGGAAGAGCAACACAAAGAAUUAGCAUCGUAAUGAGCUUUCCAGAGUCAAUCCAGUGGUGUAACGACAAUAUUAUCUCCCCGUGCAGCUGCUGCCUGGCCCAUUAAUUCAGGUGAGAAAUAAAGCCGAUGGAGAUAGAGGAAGUGGUGAGAGAUGAAAAGAGAUUAGAGGUUUGCUAUUGAAAAUGGAGGCUGAUCAGCAUGUGGUUUUACAAUUUCAAAGCUGUAACCCCCCGGGUAGAAAAUACACUGAGGUAAACCGAACAUUGAAUCUUAAGUUGUAUUACCUGAAAGGGCGCUGGAGAAUGAAAGCAAAGAGAAAUGCAAACACAUAUUUACCACCCAGUUUGGUUUAUGGACACUGAGGACAAUGAGCCACAACAUAUGUAACUGAAGAGAUUAUAAAUAAAAGAGAUUAGGUUUUGAAAGUGCUGCUCAGCGGGGGAGGAAGUACUCAGAUCCUUUAUUUAAAUGAAAUUACCAGUACAACAAUGUAAAGAUGCUCCUCUACAAGUAAGUCCUGCAUUCAACAUUUCACUCAAGUAAAAGUGCAAGUGUACUAUUGGCAAAAUGUAAUUAAAGUGUAAAAGUAAAACUAUUUAUUCUGGCAGAUAUCAUAUAGAGGGUUCUCAGCAUGAUAGAUCAGAUAAGAGAAGAAAGGAGAAAGUCCUGCUGCAUAAUGUUUUACUGAUAUUUUAGACUCCAGUCUUUACUCUGAAAUAAUAAGGAGCUUUAUCACCCUGAGGUGAACAUUGAUAUUUGUAACUUCAGUUCCUCGCCAGAAAGGGCUAUCUGACAGCAAGAUAAAGCAAAAGCAAGUGGCCCUUUGGUAGGUGACUAAAACUAACCAACUGAGGCAAUAUUUGCAUCGCUCGUGAAACAGCAGCCUCACCCAUCAGCUGUGCUGUGAACUUCAUGUAGAGCAUUUCUGUAUUUGCAGUGCUUCUUCUAAAUGUUGCUCACGUGUCAUCAUAUUGGUGAAGAUGUUUCUUUAUUUGCUCGAGUAGUCUGUUUGCAUUUGUUUUCAUA